AAUCACCUCAGCGUGGCGGUCCAUAACGGCGUAGCCAUGGCUACCUGCGAGGUGGACAGCGGGUGCGAGCCACGGCGCUCCAGUGACGUCACGCUGCAGCCGCCAGUCCUUUCUGUUCACAUCAGUCCCGCCAUUUCCCCGAGCCUGCGGAGGAAACGCCUGAUGUGGCAGAGCGCCAUGCGGCACGUCAUCGACCGGCACGACCUCUACCCUCCAACCUCUGACCUUGAGAGAGGUGGAGGGGGAGGAGGGACCCGGCUCGUGCUCACAGACGCUUACAUCAACGACAUCAACAGGCAGAUCCGCAACAAGGCGUCUCGGGGUGGAGCAGGUCAUAAGCGGCGUUCAUCUGCAGCUCGUAUCCACCCAGCCAAUCAGGACCGAAUGUCCACGGUGACCCAGAAGAGCAGCGACUCCCUCAGUGAUGCUGACUACUUUGUCUCCUGGGGGUCUACAGUCAGAGGGGUCUUCCUGCCCGCCCUUCAUCACACCUUCAAGUCUCCCGACCUGGAGAAGUUGUACCAGCAGCAUGCAUCAAGCCAGAGGAUAACCUCUCUGGUUUUCACUAAUGUUAUCGACAUCAUCACCAAACUACACAUCCUGGGUCUGACCCUAUGGGCGGGGCCUCAGAGCCUGGACACAGCCAAUGGUUGGCUGGUCGGCCUGUUCAUUGCUCUGGGGGCUGGACUCUGCGUGCUGGUGCUCUGUUCUAAGGGAAUGAUGUCAUCGCCAGAGUGGUUAAGGUACAUGGCUCUAGCCAGCUGGUUGUCCCAGACAGUGCAGGUGUUGGGUGGUGUUGUGGGGGGUUUGGAGAAGGACCAGGCCUGGUACGUCCUCUUCACGCUGUUCUCCACCUACACCCUCCUGCCCCUCCCCUUGCUCUGGUCCCUCUCCACCGGCCUGCUCACCGCCACGCUGCACCUCCUGGUGGAAACUGUUCACCACUACGACGACACCGCGCUCUACAGAAAGGUUCUGGCGAAGGGCUUGUUGUACCUGGGUAUGAACACAGCAGGGUUGUUCAUCCACUACCUGUCAGACCACACACAGAGACAGGCCUUCCUGGAGACACGACGCUGCAUUGAGGGACAAGUACGCCUGGAGAGGGAGAACCAGAGACAGGAGCGCUUGGUGAACUCCAUCAUUCCGCGGUUCGUUGCCUUGGAGAUGAUCGCUGACAUGUCCAACAUGGAUGAUGACCUGAUGUCACAGCAGUUCCACAAGAUUUAUAUUCACCAGUACAAAAACGUCAGUAUUCUGUUUGCUGAUAUAAAAGGCUUCACGUCUUUGUCCAUGGUCCUGUCGGCUCAGGAAUUGGUCCGGACGCUCAAUGAGCUGUUUGGACGCUUCGACCGCCUGGCUGAGGAGCACCACUGCAUGCGUAUCAAGAUCCUUGGGGACUGUUACUACUGUGUGUCAGGAGUGCCAGAGCCAGAGACAGCUCACGCUCGCUGCUGUGUGGAGAUGGGCCUCUCCAUGAUCAGCACCAUAAAGUACGUGCGAAGGGAGCUGAAACAUGAGGUGGACAUGCGUAUCGGUGUCCACUCUGGCUCAGUGCUGUGUGGGGUGCUGGGGCUGCAGAAGUGGCAAUUUGACGUGUGGUCCUGGGAUGUGGACAUCGCUAACAUGCUGGAGGUAGGAGGGGUGCCGGGCCGUAUCCACAUCUCCCGGGCAACGCUGGACUGUCUGGGCGGGGUCUACGAGACGGAAGAGGGGCGUGGCCACGAGAGGAACGAGUUUCUACGGAAACACAAAAUCGACACGUUCCUGAUUCGCCACACGCCCAUGGAGGAGGCUCCUGCCAAGAAGGCUUGUCGGCCCAGUCGAGAUGACACCCUUAAUGCUGGCUGGAGUACUGAGCUGCCGUUUGGAAACAUAAUCGGAAUGAACUGUAUCCUGGCGACCUUCAGCAACGGCUCUCUGGCCCAGUUACCUAACCAGCUGGCGGCUCAGCGGACGGGGACGCUUGAAGUCAACAAGAGGAUCCGCCGGGCCAUCGAGGUCCGGAGCAGUGAACGCAUGAGACAGGAACACAUCACCACCUUCACACAGGAGUUCAAGGACACACACAUCGAGGGCAAGUUUUCCCAGAUGCGUGAUGAAAUGUUCAAGUCAAACCUGGUCUGCUCCUUCAUCAUGCUCCUCUGCCUCAUGGGUGCACAGACCCUCAUCCCUGCCGCAAGACUGUGUCCUAUGCUGGUUCAGUUUGGAGUGUGUGUGUGUGUGUAUGUGUUGCUGCUGGUGGUGGUCCUAGCUGAAGAGUUUAAACAGAGCCCUCUAGCGCUGCAGUUUCUGUGUUGCUGGAUUAACGAAACCAAGACUGUCAGAACACUACUCACGCUCACCGCUAUUAUCAUCAACUUUGGAGUGGCCUCAUCUGAUAUACUGUGGUGUGUAGAGUCUGAGAUGGACCCUAACAACAGAAGCAGCUCCCAGCAGCACACCUGGUCCUGGCCUGUCAACAUCUGUACACACCCUGAGUUCCUGGUUUUCAGUGGGGUGGUUGCCAUGGUGUCGUGUGCUGUGUUCUUCAGGCUGCACUGUCUACUGAAGCUAGCUGUGUUACUUCUGGCCAUAUCUGUCUACACGUACCUCAUAGAAGUCAGUUACCACACACUGUUUAUACGCCAGACCUCUGAAAACACCAGGCAGCAGUACCUGAGGAGGAAGGAUGUGUGUGUCCUGCUCAUGGUCAUGUUUGUGGUGGCUGUAAUUUACAACAGUAGACAGUUGGAGGCGACGGCGAGGCUGGACUUCCUGUGGCGUCUGCAGGCCAGACAGGAAGUGGAGGACAUGAAGGAGCUGAGGGAACAUAAUGAGUGUUUACUCUUCAACAUUCUGCCUUCACACGUCGCACAGCACUUCCUAGAGAGAGACCGCCACAAUGAGGAUCUGUACUCCCAGUCCUAUGAGCGUGUGGGGGUGUUGUUUGCGUCCAUCCCGGGGUUUACAGACUACUAUGAACAGAAAGAGUUGAUCCAUCAGGAUGUGGAGUGUCUACGGCUUCUCAAUGAGAUCAUAGCUGACUUCGACGAGUUAUUAGAUGAGACAUAUUUCCAGGACAUUGAGAAAAUCAAAACCAUUGGCAGCUGUUACAUGGCUGCUUCUGGCCUCUCCCCUGAUCAACAGGAGUGUGGUGAUGAGUGGCGUCACCUCAGUGAGCUGGUGCUGUUUGCCCAGGAAAUGCAGGAGACGCUCAAACGGAUCAACACACACUCUGGAAACAGCUUUCAGCUCCGUGUUGGCGUAGCCCACGGUCCAGUGGUGGCUGGGGUGAUAGGAGCCACUAAACCUCAGUAUGACAUCUGGGGAAUGACCGUCAACCUGGCCAGCCGUAUGGACAGCACCGGGGUCAGUGGACGUAUACAGGUCCCAGAGAGUACCAGUCAGGUCCUGGCGGAGCGCGGCUUCGUUCGCGAGCUGAGGGGGGCGAUCUACGUGAAAGGUGUGAGCGAGCGGCAGGGGAACGUCAAGACGUACUUCGUGAGGAGCCGCGAGUCGUGUUCCAGCUACAUGGAGCGCAGUGUGACCCGCGGGGGUUUGGGCCUGGGAAGGAACACUCUGCCCGCUCUGGUCUUUACCCUGGUCCAGACCAGGAAGAGAGAGACACAACGAGAGGCUAACGGAGGGUUCCACCUGCUGGAGGUCUCAUAGGCCUUGGGCUGUAUAUCAUAUAGGGAAAGAAAGGGAGAGAAUUCAGGUUAUCCUCUCCUCGUUUGUUGGAUUAAAACUGCUUUCUAUGGUGGAUUACCUCAAAUGGAGAACGGGGGGAGGGGUACAGGCUACAAGAGAGACACUAGAGGAGGGGAACGGAAGCUCCUCUUCUGUAGAGUACUUUAUAGCAGUGGCUCCCAAACUUUCUAGGUUACAUUACUGACCAACUGUAUUCUGCUCUGCCCGAAGUACCCUUAUAGUACAUCAUGGGUCUUCUCAAAUACUCCCUGUGGAUUGGCCAACUUCCCCCUGGUUGGGAAUCACAUGGACGACAGCACAGAGCAGAAAACUGACCAGUUGACAGUUGGAUAUACUGACACCAACAGAAAUACAGUGGAUUAUAUACUGCUGUCUGACACCAACAGAAAUACAGUGGAUUAUAUACUGCUGUCUGACACCAA